AUGAUCAGCGAUUGGCCCUUUUCGCAGAUCCCCAAUUUAAGGAGGAUCGGCGACAGAUCUAGACACAGCUGCAUAACUAAGUUUUGUAGACCGCAAAACUCAAAACUGAAGAUGGGUGCUCAAGAUCCAUUAGACACGGCCACAGACAUUCAGGAAGAUUCUCUGACAGAGUUUGACAUUCCCCAUUGGUUGAGCUUCGCUGUUCUGAUUUCUACGAGUUCAUCAUUUUUCUUCUCACUGGUCUCCAACUCUAACCCGUUCUUGACAAGCAACACUGGGUAUGCCCACGGAGGUGAUAUGUACUCACAUCAAGUCGAAGCACUUUACUUGAAAGAACUUCUUAAAGGUGGAACAACCGAUCUUUGGUUCGAUGAAUUAACAUUGGGCUACCCUUUCUUUCUUGCCUAUCACCCACUUCCAUGUCUGCUUAAUGCCAGUCUCAUGAUCUUAGGAGAAUCGUAAGUAAAACUCUGUUUUAAUUCAAUCCGUCAAGUAGACAGUUUCAUGUGGCGACUGGGUUAAGUGGUAAAAAAAAUCGUUGAAAAAAGAAAAAACAGAUUAUACAUUAAAAUAAGAGAUAUUCAUUUACUGAUCUUGCAAGUUUCAAAGGGUGACAAAACAGUUUUCUUGCCAAAAAAUUUCUGUCUUUCCUUAAAGUUUUUGUGCGCAGGAGAUUUCGUUCAUUUUAUAAAUUAAAUAAAUUCUUAUUCAGUGUUACGUAACCAAUCUUUAACUUAAAUCAAGUUGUUCCCUUGGCCGGUAACACAUUACUUGGACUUUCUCCUGUCGUCUGAAUAAAAAGGCCCAGAAUGUUUAAAGUCAAUUAUUAAACCUCAAAGUAAAAGAAAUAACUGAAGUUUAUUGUUCCCAGGAAUGGCAAUAGUGGAACCUUCUUUUGUCCUCUGAAAUGGGGAGAGUUGUUCAAGUUCACUUGUUAAAAAUCCUGAUAGUCACAUUUAUUUUGUUUUGAAAAACCCAGGGAUAUUUUUCUUCAAAUUUUACUUGGGAAAUCUUCCUGUUGGGUUCAAUUCCUUUGAAACAGUUAUCACUUAAUCUGUGCAGUGGCAAGGCCAUGCACGUAGGAAGAUUUUCAGUCAGUUAGAAAGCCUGGUAAGGAUAAUCUUUGCGAGAAGAAUUCAUCAGGGUGGUAAAAUGUAUUGCACCUUGGAUAGAAAGGACAUUUGUUUAGCUUGUGAGGCAGUGAAAAUAGUUCCGUGACAAACAACUUUGCUCUCGGGGCGCAAAGCCGUUAUUGUUCCCAAAGUUAACAGUUUAUUUUGUUGAUUGACUGGAGGAAUUCAUCUCAGCUUACAAUUGUGUUUGAAGAUUAAAGAGAACUAGUCAAACAUACUAGUUGUGAAAUAAUGCCACGAUAGCCUGAAAUAAUCAUAUACUGGAGUAUAUAGGUCGAAGGAAUUAAACCAUUCUGAUGAUCGCAAUAUCUGUAUAUACAAUGACACUUCUUAAUGUUUGUCUUCAUUGUCAGAUUUUGGUCCCUUUUAAUGUUGUUCAGUUUCUGUUAUCAGGUGGUCUAAAUUGUUUGUCAUGAUUUUUGACUUUGUAAAAUACUAAUGUCAGCUGCGCUUUUAUAUGAGGUUUUCCUGUAGCUUCCUAUAUUCAAAGCAGGUCGAAACAAAAGAACAUGUAGGAAAAUCAGCUUGUGCAAAUUGGGUAAAAUUUUACCUCAGUGGGUUACAUUGCUAGUAGACUCGUGCAGAGUGAUCCCAGAAUCAAGUUUUUAUGUUAUAAUAAAUACUUUGUCUACUAAACAAGUGAAGCAAGGUUUGGGCAACUCACCCAGUAUAGUCCAAUGGAAGUCAAUUCCAAGUGGUCCCUAAUUGCUCGUCCUAAUCUAUAACAGGAGCUUGAUAAUUCCCGUAACACUUGACUGUAAAUGUAAGCUGUGUGCUGCUGAUACUAGUCAAACCAUGGUCGCAUCCAUGAAGUCCAAACAUGUGCACAACAUUACAUCUGUUUAAAAGCUAAUGAUUUCCACUUUUCUUGGCGUUACCUAUUAUUUUCUAGUGAACUUGAACUACAUAGUGGGGUUUUAAACUACUAUACACUUACAAUUUAGAAUAUACCAGAAAGGAUAUAGACUUUCACGUUCUAGUUUGACGAUGAAUCUUGUCGGCAUUAAAUCACGGUGAACGCUGAUAUUUCGUUUAAUCUGUAGUCUCUUUUGGACAGAGUGGUCAAGCUAACCGACAAGGUGAUUGUUUGAAACGAUAUAAUGCUUUGUUUUUUAUUUUUAAAAGUUGACCUUAGCUUAAAAUCACCUGAAACAGCGCUUAAUGGUUUCUUAAGUCUUCCCACCUGCAUGGGCCUCCAUCUUUGACCAUCUUUAGUUUUUCCGCAUUCAAUAUGGACAGAUACGUGGUACAUCAAUUAAAAGAACAAAGGUUCAUUUUUAAUGUGCAUCUCAACUAGAACUUUGAACUAAUGCGUGUGAAAGAAUUUAAUGACAGACCCAAUUAGCACUUUCAUUUUAAAGCUAUUAAAGCAAUUCAAGAGAAACUCAAAUUGGAGUCCUUUUCUCGUGUCGUGGGAAACGCGCUUGAUUUUUUUACUUGAAUAUUGCAGUAUAAUGUGCACGCGAAGCAGUGUUUGGAUAUGUGCGUGUAAGGUCAAAAGCGGCUCAAAACUAAACUUCCUAAUAUAACAGUCGCUUAUUUUCAACCUGGACCUCAAGUGAAAUUUUAGGGGCAUUCAAUUUAAAUGUGUGUGAAAACCUGAAAAAAAAAACCUAGAAACCAGAUAAUGAGUACAAUGAAAUGAUGAUACCGUAACUGUUUUCUGUGAAAUACACGAGUAACAUAAACCUACAAAUUGCUUACAGAAAAACAUGUACACUAGAUCUGAAAUUUGUAGUAAUUAAUUACCUUUAUUUAAGAAAUCUUUAACCCUUUUUUAUACCAUAAACUGCGUUACAUUCGUACCAUUAAGGCAUGUAGAUUUUUCCAAUUAGUAAUAUCUAAACCAAAAAGUGCUUUUGAGAAUUAACGUUGGUUCGAAAGUCGAGCUUUCAACGCUCGUAACGAUGGCUCUGUGUAAUCUUCAAGGUUUGCAGCAAAGUCACUUUUGAUAAAUUUAAAUAGUUGAAGCGAAACCGAGAUAAUCUUUACUUAGAUAUGAAGUUGGAAAAUUAAGAGUUUUGUGCCGAUUCUCAAAUGGGGUAUCAUUCCCCUCGAUCAGUCUAGAUGUAUUACGUUGGACAUGAUCGAGUUUGUCGGAAAGAUGCUUGUUGCGGGUUCCAAACAGGACAAGCGUAGUCUGGUAAUUUAGUACGGACGCACCAGAAAUUUGUACUCGUGUACCAAGAGCUUUUAUAGGAACACUUUCCAUGCAAGCGUGCGCGUAGUUGUGCCCAUUAAUUGAUCUGUUUCACCUGGCGACGAUUGUUUAAAAACAAGGGAUCUCCAUUAAAGAUAAUCAGAGACUCGAAGAACUCCAAGAUGUUUGUGUGGUAUAGGCACUCUCAUUUACCAUACACUAGUAUUUGUCGGCCGGUGUUAUUUCUUAAGAACCAUGUGCAACACUAAUCUGCUAUUUGUCUGAGGCUUUCUUGAACAGUAUCAGGUAUUGUGGAGGAAGGAACACGAUAGACCACUUAAGUAUGGUAAGCACAGAUUUCAGUAGGACUUGAUAGACGGUUAAUAUCAUAAACAUACAAGAUGACUAAAGCGUGCCUACUAUGCUUUGUUGUGGAACUCCAGACAAGACUGUUGCCUUGCAGACGGAUAGAAAUCCUUCGAUUACAAGACGUUGAGGAUUACCAGUACCGAGGUUGACCGAGGUUAUAACUCAACAGCGAUUGAGUAAAACUGGUUUUAUCAACUCUUUCUAAGUUUAGGAUGACGUGGUUGUGUGAACUGAAUCGAUCGAAAGCUUGGUCGAAGUAAAUCGAACAAAUACGACAUCAGUAGUUUGUCUGUCGACCAGAGCUCUUAUCUCACAAGUGCAAAAGAUGGGUUUGUUGCGAUGUGCAGGAGUAGCCAGGACGCCAAGGCGGUGUGACUGUUAAAAGGAUGAGUUGAGUUCUAUAAACGCGGAAAUUGAUUGUUGUCCAACUUUACUUAAGAUUUUACCAAAAGACCUUUCAGAGAGCAGUUUAGAGAGAUGGAGCAGAUUGAAGUGGAUAAAAAUUUUGCCAUAGAUAUAUAAAUUACUGCAGUCGCUUCGUGUGGAGAUAUAUGGUGUGAUAUGCCACGGGACUAUGAGCUCCCAGUCCACAAAUGUUUAAACCACUGAGCAAUUCAUCUACACCUUUAGAACGAACCAGGACUAGAGGUAACAUGAUGUCUGUAAGGUUGGAGGCCAUUUUAAUGAAACUUUGCUAUGAACUUGUUUAAUAGCUGAGCCUUGUCGAAGCCAUAGUUAGCUUUUCGGCGCUGUUGAGCGACUUAAGCCCGCCUACAGACGUUUCUUAUUUCCUUUGUGUGUUGUUGAAUGUGUGUCAUCGACCGAGCGUGUUUUUCCCAAUAGCUUUUCGUGAGCGUGUAUUUUUCUUUGUUUCUAACCAACUUGAACUCGUGAGUUUACAGUCGCCUAUGCUUGUUAGUUGGCAGAUUUGAAACUCUUAAUCGAAUUUCCACUGAGCUGUAAAGGGAACGUAAAUAUCAAUGCGUCGGAAGCAAAACUAAACGUAAAUUAGCAUCUAUUUGUUGCUUGCGUGGUAGUUAGGUGCUCUGUUUGUUACAUUUUGGUAGCUCAACGGCUUAAUUGUGAAAAAUUUUGCAUAAAUUAGGAUAUUGAUACAAUAUACUGAGAGGAAAAACACACUAACAUAUUGUAAAAGGACAAAAAUUAAAAUCUGUGGUGGCUAACUGACUUUCAGUUGCGAAUUUCUAUAUAUAUCGCUGUUCUUUAGUUUGUCUUGUUCUCAGGGACUUUGAAUUUAUGCGUAGUCCAGUAGGUUUUAGCGGAACAUUCGUUUCGUUUAGGCAGUAAGUGGUGGGUUUGUUACUUGAAAAAUAUUGUGUUUGAUGAUAGACCUCAGUCUGACAUUUGAAAACCAACCUUGUUUCUUGAUUUUUUUGUAUUAUUAUAGUUGUUGUACAGCAAUUAGUAGAUAAGGAAUACUGCCGAACGUCGUAAUCAGACAAAAAAGGGGUAAAAAUUUCAAUCCCCCAACCAAAAUAGAACCUCUAAUCUUGUAGAUUUUUGACUUGGUGAAAUCAUAAUAUUCCAGCUGGUAAAUAAGUAAGGUUACAAGUUUUAUUCCCGUUCCAGACUCGAGUUUUCCUUCUUUUCUUUAAAGAUCUUGACAUUGACCGUACUCUUCUUGAUUUAUUGAGGCUAAAACAGACUUGCAUCAGGACGAGGGUAAAAGACUCUUAGAUCCAGGGUCGCAUCCCUGAAGAGCAAAAACGUGCGUGCUAUUAAAACUGUUUAACAGCCUAUAGUUUCCUCCUUUCUUGCGUUAACCAUUAUUUUCUGAUAAACUACGUAGACUCUUGCAGUGCUCCAAACUCAACCUUUACAAAAACCGCUUUAAACGACCUGAAAUUAUACACUGGUCGUCAGAAUGCAAUAUUACACGAAGGUUCUGAACUAUUUGAAAUGGCUGCCUAGCUAUCGCAAUGGAAUUUGGGGUUGCACACGACAUCUCAAAGCAGGCUUCAUAUCUUGACAAACAGGGUGAAAGAGGCGAAUUAUGGAGAAAACAGACAGUAAAUAAUAUUUCGUUCAAAUUUUUAGCUUACUUUAACUCAGUUUAGAAAGACCAUAAACACUAACUAUAAUUCACUACAGCCUUGCCAUAUGACCGCCGAGCACAGGUCGCUAAAUCGGCGACUUUCACUGUAAUUUUAGUUAAUAGAUUACAAUAUUACAAUUUAGGAUAUACGGAAAAGGACAUUGAAUUUCGCAUUUAAGUUUGAAGAUGAAUUUUCUGUCUCGGAAAUAGAUACGAACGUUAAUACUGCCUGUAAUCUGUACGUCUCCUUAGUGAGAAUGAGUGGUCUGCAAACUAAACGUCAAGUUGACUAUUUUGAAACUAAAUAAUACUUUGUUGUUUUGAAAAUGUUAAUCUUAGCUUAAAAUCACUUGAAAUAGCGCUUAGUGGUUUUCUGAACUGCAGUCUUAACAAACUGCAUGGGCCUCCAUUUUUGACCAUAUUUACUUUUUCCCGAUUUAAUAUGGACUGAGACACGUGGUACUAAUAUAGCAGAACAAACGCUCAUUCUUAAUCUGAUCUCAACUAGAACUUUGAACUAAUGCGUGUGAAAGAAUUUAAUGAUCGUAGAAGUAGUUUAAGAAUCAAAGCAAAUCUAGAGAGACUCCAAACGGAAGCCCUUUUCCUGUGUCGUGAGAAACCCCCUUUUAUUUCUUACUUGACUUACUUGAAUUUCUGUGCAAAAUAAAUACGUGCGUCUAAGGUCAACAGUGGCUUAAAAUUGAAAUUCUUGGUACGGUAUUUAACAUAACAAUCGCUUAUGAUCAAGCUGGAUCUCAACUGAAAAUCAGAAGCUUUGAUCUUGAAUACGUGUGAAAGCGUUUAAUGAACUACAAAACACUUUUAUUGUAAGCUUAUCAAUCAAAGCAAAUCUAUACAAACUUAUCAGAAACCCCUCUUUAAGAUCGGGUGUGUCGUGACUGAGAAACCGCCUUGUUUCUCUUCUAAAUUGCAGUGUAACAUCUACGCGAAGGAAUGUACGAAUAUGUGCAUGUGAGGUCAUCAGCGGCUAACCAUUGGAAUCCUUUGAUAUGUAACUGCUUCCGUUUUGGUUUUCGCGCCUAAAACUAGCGAUUUCGGUGGCAAGUUCGUGUAACAUGCCACGUUGCAAAACUGUGAAAAAUCUUACCUCCAUUUUGGGACAUAUCCUGCCGUCUAAUUGUCACGAAAAGUAGAACUCAGGAUUUCUACUUAAUGCACUGAUUUUUGUCCUAAUAUUUUUUGGAUGACAAGCUACACUUUUCCUUCUAGCUUGAGGAACUUAUCCUAGAACUUAUCCUUGCCACAGAUAUCAGAUCUCCAAUUAGUUUAUCUUUUUUAAAAGGACAGAUGUCCGGCUAAGUCACCAUUUUGGUCCGAAGAAACAAAAAUGUGUUGAACUCAAUCAACGGAUUACGCGUCUUUAGCAAAAACUUUGAAUAAAAGCCUUGAGUAGAUUAUUUUAUUGAUCCGCAAAAUAGAGAAGAGAAAGUGAUGACGUCACAAAAACUAAAUUUGAGAACUGAAUUAUGGGAUAGGUCGGCAUAUCCAAAAAGAACAAGAUGAGGAAUGUUCAAUUGCCAAAAUCAACCUAUCCUCCAAUGACUGCAUAGAAAUCCUUCUAAAAUAGGCUUGGAUCGUAAACUUUUCGAUCCAAGCCAAUUAUAAAAGGAUUUGUAUGGAGUCAACAGAGAAUAAAGGUGCUUAUAUCUCCCCGCCAAUUUCCACAAGAAGGCUGAUAUUUGGCAAGGGUUUUUUUUUUUCAUCUUGUUCUUUCUAAAUAUGCUAUCCAAUCUCAUAAUUUCACAAAUUUGAGUUUUUGUGACGUCACACUUCCCUUUUCUAUGGUAGUCUUUGAUACUUGAGGCAUGGGCCAGUUUUAGUUAGAUAUUGUCCGAUGACGGACACCGACUUUUAUUUGUAGCCCUGUAUACAGUUGUAAGAGGAAGGCACUAAAAGGUAAAAUCCUCCCCAAGGAAACUACAUUAUGGAACAUGUAUGCAAAUCAAAAUGGGAGAGGGGACCUUGUGGUCGCGUGAAGGACUUAUUUUGGGAGGUCACAAACAGAUAUCCUUUAAUAGUUUUUAACUCGAGACUUGAAAACGGCAGGGCAAGCCUUCCUCUUAGAUGCAGCUCCGAAACGUCUUUUAAGAGUUAGAACACCCUCAAAAUGUGAAACCUAGAGCAAAUUUAUAAGGCGGAAUUGAGUUACAUUAAUCGUGAAAAAGUGGUAAUUGUGAGAUAUUUGGCUAUGCUUUUGCGUCACCACCUUGUUCAUUUUCGCGCGAACGAUUGUCAAGCACACGAUAAAUGAGAUACUUGCUCCUCUUUCUGAAGGCUUAUCUUUACUUUUUAAAGGUUUAUCUCGCCUUUGCUAUUGUUUCGUUGGAUGUUCGUUCUUCUUCUCUCAUCGAUGCCCUGGUCAUGGUUCAUUGGUCUGCGUAAAUUAAGGAUGACCCGUCUCGAGGCGACGUUAGCAGCCCUCUUUGUGCAUUCAAUUCACAGCUGGCGUAAGUUUGGUUUGGAGUUAGAAGCAUUUCACGAGUAUGGUCUGUUUACUCAAGCUUACGGAAUGGCCAUACUUCCUCUCGCAGGUAAUCUUUUAAUCUCUUUGAUCUUUCGGAGAGUAUUGAGGGUACAGUCAACUCUCUCCAAGGCGAACACCGACCGGCACAAAGUGGCCGUCUUACCCACCUAACCCUCUCUUAACCUAACGUUAACACUAACGUCUAACUUUGGACAAAAGUUUGGAUCACGGGAGGGGUAGAUGGGCGCAGAAUCCCAGAAUCUCAUACUAAGACAGCACGGACCAACUCUAGGUGUCUGUUAAGAGAGAGUUGACAGUAGUAGGCCCUCCCUUCCCCCAAAUUAAGAAAAUAAAAAAUGGCGCUUCUCGGCCUUCGCACUGACCGUCAUCCUUCUCGCCGCUGUUGCACAUUAGACUGGUGCGCAAAUUGAGAACCCCCUCUUCCCAAAAUCAAGGGUAGAAACAUGGCUUUUUUGCCUUCGUGCGGCUUCUUCCUACUUGCCGAUUGUGCAUGCUAGAACCGUGCGCAAAGUUAGAUCUUCCCUUAAAAUAUGUUUUCAUGUUGUGUUCCGUAGACGACUAGACUUCGCUAUCAAGUAACAACUGUAUUAUGCGCUGCAUGUACCCCGCGUUAACUGUUAAGGGCGAGAAAAAAGCGCGGCGAGAAAACGAGCUAGUUUGAGCUUUUAAUUGUGAAUGGUUGAGGAAGUGGCGCGAAAUAUUUUAGCCAACAAUAACGCUUAGGAUCUGUCCGAUCACAAGACGUAGAAAAAAAGAUAAACGUAUUGUAUUAUACAGCCAAUUACUGAUUUAAAAGUGUGCAAAUAGUAGGUAACGGCUUGCUGUAGUUCUCUUUUGAUUGCUUGGCUGAGUUACAGGUUUUUGCCUUGUUUCUUUACUACUUACAGAAAGUUUCCGGAAAAUCCGGUUAGAAAGUAAAUGGAACAUGACUGUUCGGGACGUUUCGGUGUAAAACUUCCGGGAGCAACGGAACGUCUGAAAUGGUAGUCCUGUUUUUCCGGUCGGAAUGUUCCAAACGGAAAUUCGUGUUCCGUUUCUUCAAAGCCCGUCUUUGAUACCAGUUUCAGUCUUUCGCGGCCGUUUUUCGGUAAAUGUAACUGAUUAGUGCAAAUGGCGAACACAAUUCGGGGACAAAAUAUACCAGUCUUGAAUUUUGAUCAACAUUUGCCAAAACCGUGAACCGACCGUCACGCAGUUUGCCCAUGUAAAUGGUAAACAACCAUUGAGUAUCGUUGCAAAACACAGAGUAAACAGAGGAAAUAUAUAAAUAUUGCAGGCCACCUUCCUACUUGCAGCUUUAAAACGCUCGAAGUCUUGAAAAUGUGAGACUUAGAACAAGUCUUUUGGGCAAAUGUGAGAUAUUUGGCUAAAGUUUUGGAAGACCCAUGUUUGAAAAGAUAAGGAGAGCCCCUUAUCCGAGAUGGGGGUUCUAAUUCCUACAGAAGCAGUGGGGGAAAUUGAUAAAAUAUCAACCAAAUUUAUCUUGUGUGAUCAUGUCCGUAAUUCUCAUGACAGUCUGUUUUACAAAGCAUUGAUAUUACAAGGAGAAAUUUUAUGCUGAUCACUCUUAGGGCUUAAAGGGUUAAACUGGGUAUCGUGGAGUAUUGUAAGUAGUAAACAAAGGAAAUAAAUGUACUUAACUUGUAACCAUUGGUAUGUUUAUUGGGUGUCUUUCGGCUUCCCGCAUCUGAUAUGUGCAUUUACAUCCUUAUAUGCAGCCGGUUUUUUCCCAUGGCUCGGCGCAGUUGUCUCGGUACUGUUUUUCCCUGGAAAACAUUAAUUCUUAACAUUAUUUUCCUACUGUUUGUUUCUCUUCAGUUGGAUUUUUAUAUCAAUAUGUACUCUACAACAGCGGUUCAAGAAACGGUACGAUCCUUUUCAUCGUCUUCAACUUCACCGCGAAUGCAUUCUUUGGUGUCUACCUCGGCAUUGUUACUGGAGUUACUCUGCUAAUAGACAUGCUUUCAAACACUAACCCGCUUAGAGGAAAGCUCUUCUCGCCUUCAAUCUGGCGAGCUUUUUACGUGCAUUUUCUAAGUAUCGCAUUGCUAUCUUGGUGGAUAAUUCCGUUACUUAAUAACUUUGACUACAUGGGCGGGCUUCCUUGGAAGAGUGAAAACGAGCAUGGCCACAGCUUUAAGUUUGUCCUCAGAAGUCUUUUGUCUGGCGAUUUGUUUGACCACGAAAGGAAAAUUCCAUUUAUCACGUUGGGAUUUGUUGCGGGGCUUGCUUGUGUUUGUUCCUGGCAACUUAAAGACAUUGGUCACCUCACAAAACGGCAAACACUUUUGAUUUGGCUUGGGUUGUUAUUUUCUGUCACCUUCUUUCUGUUUCUUGGCAGAACAUUUUCUGGGCCGUUAUACAACUUGAUUCCUUUUCACAAAGAGCUCGAAGUUUUUCGCUACAUAAUUGGACUCCAAUUUUGCGGAUUAUUGCUCAUGGCCGUGACAUUAGCUCGCAUUCUUUACUUUCUUUGCGCGUCUUUGUGUAGAAUAUCAAAGGCAUAUUUUCAAAGCAAAAACAUCUUGAUUGUUCUUAUGUUAGUAUUUCCGCCUAUUUAUCUCAGUUCUCAGCUUCAAUAUAUCAAUGCACGUUUCUCCAUGAUUGAGAUAGAAGGGUUUUCUGACGGACUGGAGAAACUGAAGGCUUACCCGAAAAUCGGACGCUUGCUUGCAUCGAAAGUUUUAGGUGAGUUCACUUUCUUGGCAAGUUGUUUCGCAAAGAGAAUCUCUUAUAAGAGGGUCCGAAAAAACUGGACUCGUGACACAUUUGCAGCCUCCCGCGAAGGAAAGACGCCGUGA